GAAUUGCAAAGCUCAGGAAGAGGACGCUUUCUACUGGAACAUGCUGUUCCCUUCUCUGCUUUUUUGACGGACAGUUUUGGGCGUCAGCACAAUUACUUGCGAAUUUCUUUGACUGAGAAAUGCAACCUCAGGUGUCAGUAUUGUAUGCCAGAGGAAGGUGUUCAACUGACCCCUAAAUCGGAGCUACUUACUGCUCAGGAGAUAAUCACCCUAGCCAGGCUGUUUGUGAAAGAAGGUGUAGAGAAGAUCCGACUGACAGGAGGAGAGCCCCUUAUCCGUCCUGAUGUGGUUGAUAUUGUGGGUCAACUGUACAAGCUAGAAGGGCUGAAAACCAUUGCUGUCACAACCAAUGGGAUCAACUUAGCUAGAUUGCUGCCCCGGCUGAAGGAGGCAGGACUGAAUGCCAUCAACAUUAGCCUGGAUACUUUGGUCCCAGCUAAAUUUGAGUUCAUUGUCCGAAGGAAAGGCUUUCACAAGGUAAUGGAAGGAAUCCAUAAAGCCACUGAACUUGGCUACCAUCCUGUUAAGGUAAACUGUGUGGUGAUGCGAGGCUUCAAUGAGGAUGAACUGCUGGGCUUUGUGGAUUUCACAAAGGAUCUGCCCCUUGAUGUGCGGUUCAUAGAAUACAUGCCCUUUGAUGGCAAUAAAUGGAACUUCAAGAAGAUGGUGAGCUACAAAGAAAUGCUUGAUACAAUUAAACAGCGAUGGCCUGAAUUGGAGAAAUUGCCCUGUGAAGCUUCCAGCACAGCCAAGAGUUACAAGGUGCCACAUUUCCAGGGACAAAUCAGCUUUAUCACCUCCAUGUCGGAGCACUUCUGCGGAUCCUGCAAUCGGCUGAGGAUAACAGCAGAUGGGAACCUAAAGGUGUGCCUUUUUGGGAAUUCAGAAGUGUCCUUAAGAGAUCACCUACGGUCGGGUGCCUCAGAGGAAGAGCUGGUUCAAAUCAUUGGAGCAGCGGUGGGCAGAAAAAAGAAACAGCAUGCUGGCAUGUUUAACAUUUCCCAGAUGAAAAACCGGCCAAUGAUCCUGAUCGAGUCUGCGUUGAUGUCAUUCCCACUAUGCCAAGAUGCCCUGCAGAAUCCCCCAAAUUCGAAACAGUGGGGCCACACAUUUAGCCAUUGGCUGACUUUGAGAGCAAGUUUACCCAAACAAAUGGGAAACGCAUUAAUGAAAAAUAAGCUUACAGGACAACUUUUCCUGCCAGGAUCUCACCCAGAGCAACAGUGGCACAUAACAACAGGAAUUCCACAAACCCAGCUCAGAGGUUGCUGUGUCUUCCAGAAGGACCCAAGCUCCGCAUUUGACACGAAGUGCCUUGAGGCUUCUCCUGUUGGCCAAGUUUCUACAGACCGUCAGUCCGAAGAGGCAAGUUCAGGAUCUGAAUUCUGUACCGGGGCUUCAGACUCUUGUACCGAGGUACCUUGUGCCUCUGACAACUUGACUCACACCGAUGAGGAAGGACGGGCCACAAUGGUAGAUGUUGGAGGGAAGCCAGAUUCAAGAAGAAGUGCAGUUGCUGGUGCUGUGGUUCGCCUGGGUGAGAAGGCAUUUGGGAUGGUGAGGCAGAACCAGAUGAAAAAAGGUGAUGUGCUGGCAGUAGCCCAGAUUGCAGGAAUUCAGGGAGCCAAGCUGACCAGCCAGUUGAUCCCGUUGUGUCACAACAUUGCCCUCAACCAUGUUGAGGUGUCUCUGAGCCUGGAUGAGGCCAGAUACGCAGUGGUCAUUCGCAGCUCCUGUCAGACCUGGGGGAGGACAGGUGUGGAGAUGGAAGCUCUCACAGCUGCCAGCCUGGCUGCCCUGACUGUGUAUGACAUGUGCAAAGCUGUUACUCAUGACAUUGUGAUUGAAGAGGUGAAGUUGCUUAGGAAGGCAGGCGGACAGAGGGGAGACUUCUCAAGGGUCUAGAUCAUACCCAGACACCUCCAGCCCUCCAGGUGACCCUGCUCAUGUUCAGCCUCUUACAGAGCUACUUUUGCUCAGCUGGUAGGCUUGGAUACCACAACCCUACAGCUCCAGUUUUGCCUUACCCGGUCAGCUUACUGCUGGGUAAACAGUGGAGCCACUUAUCCCUGUUGAUAACCAUCUAUGUUUUUUAGAGGACAGAAUUCUUCAUUCUGCCAAUGCCUUCAUUUCAGUGUCCUCACCGUGAGCUUGAGCAAAGAUUCCUAGUUGUACCAUAGAGGUGUUUUGUUUUUCUUUUUUUCCUACUUGCUGUGAAAUAUUCACAGCUGCUGUCAUCACACCAUGCAACUGUGAGCUCUGGAAAUGAAGCGAGUGCUGAAAAUGGUGUUAUUUGGCAACUAUUUUCAAGUCAAGGAUUAAGACUUCAGAAUUCUGUCUGUCCCUCUGCCCCCCUUAGUUGAAUUUAGAAGGUGAUAGUAAGAACAUAGCUUGGCUUACCUUACCAUACAGCAGAGAUUAUAACUGUGGAACAGCCAGGGUCAGAGGGGCAGCUCCCAUCUCUUUGCAUUGCUACUGCUUCCCUUGCCUGCAAGUGGGAAAUAUCCACGUAUCUGUUUCAAAAGAAAAAAAAAAAAAAAAAAAAAAAAAAAAGGCAGCUGCCCAGCUCUCUGCCUUGAGCGCUCUCUGGGUUUGGAAGAAUUAUUUUGCUGAUCUGAAAGAUACCUUUUACAAUAUUAGAAGCAUGUUUCCAGCAUUUUGACCUUAGCACUCAAAAUACACUGAGGCAUUGUGUCUGCAUGCUUAAGGGCUUAAUUAUGCCACGCGCAGAAGUAAGUGUCAGCUCUCCCUGAUUUUAGAAAUAGAUGUCAAGCCCCAGAAGACUCCCAGUUUUUUAAUCCUACAGCGCAGCUCCUAGUAACCAGCAACCUGCGUAGUCCUGACAGAUAAAACAAAAACUUUAAGACUAGUUGCCACUUGGAAGAGUAAGGUAGCUGCUGUUGCCUCAGCCAGAGUGUUUUCCUGCAUGUUCUUCUAAUUUGCUUUCACAAAGUCUUCUGGCCUCAGAGCACUUACAUGUCCCCAUAAAUGUACCCAUGGCCACUGUCAUGUAGCAUUAAAUCGCUUUGAUAACUGACUAUCCUAGAUAAGAAAUUACUCAACGUUGCUUUGUUAAUAUUGAUGUUAAUUUAUGUGCUCUAAACAGGGUAUUAUUUUCAACUUUGGUUUACUUGUUUUCUAGUGCUUAUGGCUAAUGUGAAGUCGCAUAUGAUUCAGGGUGCUCCCUCUCCAUACGCACAGAGUUGAAGACAACUCUCAUAACAUCAAAGAGGCUACCGAAGGAGUGUCUUAAACUUUGCAAGUAGCUGCUUCUCAUGAAGUAAGGUUAAAUUACUGUGAGCAUCAGUAAAGCACACACCACGCUGUCACGCACAUCCUGCUCACUGACUUAAAGUCUAAGAUGAGGAGGCAAUAAGUUUUACUACAAAUGUCUGUUUAUCCUUUACAAAUCUCAUAUACUAGCUACAAGUCUCAUAGACUAGCUACCACAGAAGGCACUUUUUCCACUAAAGGUGAAUUAAUUUGAUUCUUUAUUCAUCAUCACUGUGAGAUAAGGCACAUACACUGACAGGCAUAGCAGCUGCAGCUGAAAGGGGAAGGAGUCUGGAAAGCUUGGAGCCCAAACUCCAUAAACAUUUGUACACCUACAUUCAGCAUCACAGUCCCGAUGCCCGUGAUAUCACGGAUCUCUCUGUAAGUUAACAACAGUAGGGGCACUCCUGUUCCUUCCCAGGAGCGUACCCAGCCCUGCACUCAGCACCCUGCAAAUAUGAGAGACCUUGUUCAUCUGUGGAGCUGCUGUGCUGGUAGCGCAGAUGUUUCCCUAGCUCAGCAUGGAAACAAAAGUGCCAGGAAAAGGAAGCACGUGUGUAACCUGCUAAGUUAACAGAUUUACACAAGCACUUCACUCACCACCACCACCACGCACAACACACCCUGCCCUCCCUUCACCCACUCUCUACAUAGUUUUGAAAACUAAAAGGAAACUAGAUGUACUCAGCAGUAAUGAAAUGAUGCUUUGGGGCAUAUGAUUGUUUGGCUUCUGAGAAGCUUGCUGUCAUGCCAUAAAGCUCACACAAAGGACUCGAGACCAUACAAGGAACUACAGAGCACACGCACGACUGCCACGCACAUCUUACCACUUACGCACAUUUCACUCCUUUCUUGGGUUGAGAGUGGCUGGAAGCUUUGGGCAAACAGACACUGGUACCAUUUUAUGCUCGUGUUACACUAUCAAGUUUUGAAACUGUGCACAUUUAUAGAUAACGAACCAAGCAUGAGUCAACAGAACAUUUUGUGAGAGAAAUGGGCUGAUAGCACUGGAUGUUUCAGUGGUGCUAGGUGGGCAAUGGUGUAAUACAUGUUGACAAACUGACUACUUUUUUGAAGCUUGUUUUUUUUGUCCACUGCAUUUUUAAUAAAUACUA